AUGGAUAAGUUCCACCGAGAGAUCAUAACUGCGUUAACGCCAGAACUUCAAAGUGACAUUGUUCCACUUCCCAGUUUCUAUGCGAAGCUACUUGCUAAGGGAAUCUUCACUGAUGAAAUGGUUCAACAGAUUCAGGCUCAGAAGACUGAAAGUGAACAAAACUUAAGGAUGUUGACCUUAUUGAAGAAGAGGGCAAAAGUAUUUCACAAAUUCUGCGAGAUCCUUGAAGAUACGUCAUACAAACACCUUGCCAAACUUCUCAGAGAUGAAGAGACACGGAGACGUGAAGUGACGACGCCUCCAAGCGAACAAAUGCAAGAGUUCUUCUCCAAAAACCUUGCCACAAAUAGACAUCUAUCUCAAAAUGAUAAGCAAGUGAUCUGCAACAAUCUAGUCACAAAAGACGAAUUUAUGCGAGAAAGACGUUCCCUCAAUGAAAAGGAUGAUGAGAAUAAACGCUUAAACAACCAAGUAAAGCCUCUUCAAAAUGAGUUGUCGAAUGUCAAUGACAAACUUAACAUAAGUUUGAAAGUAAUUAAAGGUAACAACGUUGAAAUGGAUGAACUCAAUCAGAAAAUAAAAGAACUACAAGCUAAAAUUAAAGAACUCUCUCAAGAAAAAAUGAGUUUGGAGGACAAACUUAACAGAAAUUACAAUGGAAGUCCGAGAAUUGUGAACUCACUUGACCAAGAACCGAAAGAUCAAGUUUGGAUUGCAGAUGCAAAGGAUGAAGAAAUUUCAAAAUUAAAAGAGGAACUAGAUAUUAAACAAAGUAACUUAGAAGGGAUUCGUAUUCAGUUCGAAAGCCACAAGCGUGACCACGAGGAGAAAAUAAAGAAGAUUAAUGAAAAAAUGCAGGCUGUUACGGACCAUAAUCCAAAUGAUGACAAUCUACCUAUUGAUACAAAACAUAUGGUUAUACUCCACAUGAAUAUGGAACAUGUGGAAAAUAAAAUAGCGGCACUCCAGGAAGACCUCUUCCAGGCCCAUAACACUAUAAGGGAACUGGAAACCGAACAGCAAACCGCAUGUGAAAUCCGAGGGUUUGAUAGGGUUGAGAACAACCAAAACAUCGAUACAAUAGAACUAAGCUUCAUAAAUAAACUUCAGACUGAAACGGAAGAUCAGAAAAUAAAAAUAAAUUAUCUGAAGAAAAAGUUAAAGGAAGCAAAAACGGAAAAAUCAAACUUACAGCGACAACUUGAUAAGCUAAAAAUAAAUGAGGAGCUAAUGAAACAAAAUCUCAAAACAAUGAAAAAGAAAUAUCUUGAUUUACGUGGAAGGAUGCAUGAAAGAAGAGGAAGUAGCGCUGGUGAAAGUCACUCAAGUGGCGGGGACAUCGUUCAACUGCCAGAUAUCUCAGUAUUAAACCGGUUUGCAGACCUAGCCAAAAAUCUAACCCUAAAGAAAAGCCCGAGUGAGCCAGUUUUUAAAGACACUUUCCCAGAUGUGAUUCGCGUUGCACACCCUCAGAAUUCUCUUACAAGACCGCAGAAAUCUGACAAAUAUCACCCUCGGUCACGCCAUCUAUCUAUCGAUAGAUUACCUCCUUUGGACGAAGACUCCGGCGGGAAAAGGAUGUUUGAGAAAACCAUAAAACGUACAUGAUAUAUUAAAACACACGUUCUGUUUAUCACAAAGGACAGCAUGGCAAGUCUAAACAAUCAUUUGGAAAGAGAUGGUCUUGCUCCCUCGUUCCUGAUGAGAAUUCAAAAGGAUGCGGAUGAAGUUCAAAUGAUGAUGAAUAAUCUCAAAAUGUAGAAUGUCAUUACAAAAUUGUGUCAGUCAUGUCAGUAGCUAGGGUCUGUAUAUGUGCACGGCAUGCAUAUCUUAUAUGGUCUUCAGAAUCUAUACAUCAGGGACUCAUCGAAGCUCUUUCAAAUUAAUCUUUUCAUCGAUGGAGUACUUCAGGGUUCUAUUAUCACACUUCUAUUAAUUUUGUAAAUGACUCAUUUUCAGUUAAAAAUGAAC